UUGCUCUCCGUCUACUUCCUCCCAAAACAACCGGUCUGCCACCACCCCCCAGACGAAGGGAUCCAGCCAAGCUCUCGAUUCACUCAAUCCCUCACUCCUUAUUUUCCCGCGCAAUCAACUGAAGCCUAUUCACAGCGAUGCCCGACGUCAAGCGAAAUGUCCGUCUGGUGACGGAGCAGCACAUCAUGAACAAAGACUCCGGCGUCGAGGGAUUUCCCCUGCGAUCAUGGUCCAUUGAGAUCUAUCUGGUCAACGACCACGGCGAGCAGGUCCCCGCAAACGUCUUCGACAAGGUGACGUACACACUGCACCCGAGUUUCGGCCCGCGGGCUGUUCAGACUUUCAAGAACCCUCCGUUCAGAAUCUCCGAGGAAGGAUGGGGUGAAUUCGACAUGCAGAUCGGCCUGACUGCCGCCGACAAGGAGCAUUUCGUUACCCAUGACCUCAACUUCGCGCAGGCGCGCUACGAAUCCAAGCACGUUAUUACCUUCAAGAACCCCAAGCCUGCGCUGCUAGCGCUACUGCGUGAAUCCGGCCCCGUUCCUGGCGACGAGAACGGCGUCAAGUCGAAACGCGCCGCGGGAGGAGAGGAGGGGUCGAAGAAGAAAAAGAAGACGGAGAAGAAUGUCGACAUGGACAAGCUGGCCGAUGGGCUCCAGCGUCUUGGCGAAGACGAUCUUCUCCAAGUGGUGCAGAUGGUCCAUGACAACAAGGCUCCGGACUCAUAUACCAAGAACGAUGUUGAGCAGGGUGAAUUCCACGUUGACCUCUAUACCUUACCCGAUAACCUAAUCAAGAUGCUCUGGGAUUUCACGCAGGAAAAAGGUGCUUUGUGAUGUUGUUUUUUUGUGUCGGGGCUCUCUCUUCUUUACUUUUCUUGUCUCUCUUCCGACUACCAAUUUUAUUCGUCCGAAUCUCCUGAUAAAACAAAACUUAAUAAUACCACUUUCUCUGCG